AUUCUUGAAGCGCUGGCAAAAAGCGAUGAACACUUUGUGCAGAAUUGCAACAGCCUCAAUUCCUUAAAUGAAGUGAUCCCCACUGAGCUUCAAAGCAAAUUCAGUGUCAUUUGCAGUGAGAAAAUUGAACACAUCUACAGAAGAAUCUCUAGUUAUAAAAAGUUUUCAAGAGUAUUAAAAAACAGAGCUUGGCCUACCUUCAAACAAGCUAAGUCAAAGAUUUCACCACUUCACAGCAGUGAUUUCUGUCCAACCAAUUGCCAUAUCAAUGUGAUGGAAGUGUCUUAUCCUAAAACCUCAACUUCCCUUGGUAGUGCCUUUGGUGUACAGUUAGACAGCAGAAAACAUUCUUCACAUGAAAAAGAAAAUAAAACCACUGAUCAAGGUAAACUGAAUCCCAUGAUUUAUGUCCAACAUACCAUUACUACUAUGGCUGCCCCUUCAGGACAGUCUCUUGGCCAGCAAGAGGGCCAUGGUCUGAGGUACCUCUUAAAAGAAGAAGAUUUAGAAACACAAGAUGUCUAUCAAAAAUUGCUGUUCAAAUUACAAGCUGCACUGAAAGAGGUGGAAACAUGUGUCUGUCAAAUAGACGACCUUCUUUCUUCAAUAACAUAUUCUCCCAAAUCAGAACGUAAAACACCUGAGCCUUUAAUACCGGCAGACAGUGAUAAUGAAAAGGGGGAAAGGAACGGGAAGAAAGUCUGUUUCAGUGUGACAGGUGAUGAACAAGAAGAUUCUGGUCACGAUACCAUCAGCAACAGGGAUUCUUACAGCGAUUGCAACAGCAAUAGGAACUCCAUUGCCUCAUUCACCAGCAUUUGUAGCAGUCAGUGCAGCUCUUAUUUUCACAGUGAUGAAAUGGAUUCAGGCGAUGAGCUUCCCAUAAGUGUUCGAAUCUCCCAUGAUAAACAGGACAAGCUCCAUAGCUGUUUGGAGCAUCUUUUUGGUCAAGUUGAUUCAAUUGUCAAUCUUCUGAAAGGACCAGCUGUGAUGAGGGCCUUUGAGCAGACAAAAUACUUUACACCAGGUCGAGGCCUCCAAGAAUUUCAGAAGGAAAUGGAACCGAAGCUUAACUGUCCAAAGAGGCUACGACUCCACAUCAAGCAAGACCCUUGGAACCUCCCCAGCAGCGUCCGGAGUCUUGCCCAGAAUAUCAGAAAAUUUGUUGAAGAGGUGAAGGCACGAAUACUCUUGGCGCUUCUUGAGUACACAGAUAGCGAGAUACAACUGAGGCGAGACAUGGUCUUCUGUCAGAGCCUAGUGGCCACAGUCUGCGCUUUUUCAGAGCAACUAAUGGUGGCCUUAAAUCAGAUGUUUGACAACAACAAAGAAUACGAAAUGGAGACGCUGGAGGCCAGUAGAAGGUGGUUGGAACAGAUAGCCAGUGCGGGUCUUCUCCUUCAUUUCCAGUCCCUGCUCUCGCCUAAUCUGGCUGAUGAGCAAGCUAUGCUAGAAGAUACAUUGGUUGCACUGUUUGACUUGGAAAAAGUUACUUUUUACUUCAGACAGUCAGAGCCAGAACCACUAGUUGCGAAUGUACCAAUCACAUACCAAGCAGAAGGAAGCCGGCAAACCCUGAAAGUUUACUUCUACCUUGAUAGCUACCAUUUUGAACAGCUUCCUCAAAGGCUGAAGAAUGGAGGGGGGUUUAAAAUCCACCCAGUACUUUUUUCACAAGCAUUGGAGAGCAUGGAGGGAUAUUAUUACAGAGACAGUGUCUCAGUAGAAGAAUUUCAAGCUCAGAUUAAUGCAGCCUCACUAGAAAAAGUCAAGCAGUAUAACCAGAAACUACGGGCAUUCUACCUGGACAAGUCAAACUUGCCUCCAAAUUCAACAUCUAAAGCAGCUUAUAUAGAUAAGCUGAUGAGGCCUCUCAAUUGCUUGGAUGAACUUUACCGACUGAUAGGGUCCUUUAUCCGAUCCAAGCGCACGGCUGCCUGUGCAUACACUGCGUGCAGUGCUUCUGGAGUUGGAUUGCUUUCAGUGUCUUCGGAACUCUGUAGCAGGCUUGGAGCUUGUCACAUCAUUAUGUGCAACAGUGGAGUUCACCGCUGCACUCUGAGUGUUACCCUGGAGCAGGCAAUCAUUCUGGCUCGCAGCCAUGGGCUACCUCCUCGCUAUAUCAUGCAAGCUACAGAUGUCAUGCGCAAACAGGGUGCAAGAGUACAAAACACAGCCAAGAAUUUAGGGGUGAGGGAUCGAACGCCACAGUCUGUCCCAAGAUUAUACAAGCUAUGCCAGCCACCGCCACCUGUUGGAGAAGAAUGA